CAAACAUUUUGCAUGGGACUGGGAACAUUUGGUCCGAUUCUGAGGCUCAGUUUCACACUUGAAGUCGAGCGGAUCGCAACCCAUCAAAUGACGACCAGCAUUGGAUCUCGCACCAUGCCCACAAUUGAGCACAAAUUAAAUAUCACGGAGGAGGAGGUUCCGGAGCACAUCCGUCGACUUGCUGAGGAGCAGGGCGAGUGUCCCAGUUCCAAGGACCAGAUCAUCGAACAAUUCCGCAGCUACAUUUUAGAACGCAAUGACUGCCAACCACAUCGCAACGAUGCAAAAUAUCUGGAAAAAUUUCUAAGAGCUCGCUACUGGAAAAUCGAAAGCAGCUACAGAUUGCUCUGCAGUUACUAUAAAUUUCGGGAGCACAACAAAAGCUUCUAUGAGAAAGUUCGUCCUUUGGACCUUCGUCAUAUUGGACAGUCGGAUAUAUUGACAGUAACGCCCUAUCGGGAUCAACACGGCCACCGCAUACUCAUCUAUCGAUUUGGCCUUUGGCGACCCAAUCGAGUGACCGUGGACGAUAUAUUCCGGGCCACCAUUGUCCUGCAGGAGCUGGGCAGCUUGGAACCCAUCUCACAGAUCGUCGGAGGAGUGGGAAUCUUUGACCUGAAGGAUCUGGGCCUGGAACACAUACUCCAUCUGAGUCCUAGUGUGGCUCAAAAGAUGAUAGCUCUCUUAGUGACCUCCAUGCCAAUAAGGACAUCUGCCCUUCAUAUUGUGAACCAGAACUGGGUCUUUAAUGCGGCAUUCAAGAUAUUUAAGCCUUUUCUCAAUGCCGCCAUGCGAGAAAAGCUCUACAUCCAUGGCAGUGAUAUGUCCUCCCUGCACAAGCACAUAAAUCCUGAACAUCUUCCCAAGCGUUAUGGUGGCUUGCACGAAGAUUACUCUUAUACGCUCUGGUUGGAUAUGCUGAAGGAGCAGUGCACAGGCAAUGGUGUCCAAAAGGAUAUGGAACAAUUGGGAUUCAUAUUUGACUAG